UACAGAUUGUUAUUGGGUGACUUUGAGAGAGAAGAUGGAAAAGACUGUGGCUGUUUUGCUUGCAUGUAUCGCGAUAUGCAGUGCCAAAGUUUCCCCACCCAAAGUGAAAUGCUCAGAGACCCAAAUGAGGGUCGAGGUUCCGAUGCCUGCCACCGUCAAGGGGGUGUACAUCGAGGGGUUGCGAGACUACCCUGACGUCGCCUGCAGACCCCACACGGACGCCACUGGCGCCCUGGCUGUGUUCGAGUUCGAUCUACAGGAUGUCUACCGAUGUGCUGUCACCAGGGCAGUCAAUAAGCAAACGGGGAAACAAAUAUUCUAUCAAACCCUGAUAAUGGAGCACAUGGAAGAUAAAGGACACACUCUCAAAGAAACUCUUCAUGUCAAAUGCUCAAUCUAUUCCAUUAGAAACCACACCGUUUCCAAAAGGAAUGUUUUGCCAGCAGGUUUCCAAGAACCAGAGGAAAUCGAGAUAUUGACGACUAACGACACGAUAGGGAGAGCCCCCGAGCCUAUACUGGGCGUUGGCGUCAGACAAUCCGGAAAAUUGGUUACCGGCGAACUGAACGUUUCCCCUGGCACCCCCCUACAGAUGGAGAUUUUCCUGGACAAAGUUUCGGCGCCGAUAUACGGUCUUCUAGUCACUCACAUGCAAGUCACGGACACUAAGGCACAAGAGGAAACUAUCAUUUAUAAUGGAUGUUCUGUGGACCCCUACCUUUUCGAAAACUUCAACACUGUAGACGGUGACUUCUUAUCAGCCAAAUUUCGAGCAUUCAAAUUUCCGGAAUCGACAUACGUCCAGUUCAAAGGAACCGUCAACGUCUGUCUAGACAAAUGCAAGGGGAUCGAAUGUAGCGAUGGACAAAUCGGUUAUGGAAGAAGAAAAAGAGCCAUAUCGGAACUCCCAGCGGAUCCGAAUAAAAUUUUCGAAAUCUCCAUCACGUCGUUCAUCAAAGUUGGCAACGAGAACUCCGAAGUAGUUGCUAGCGAGAAGAGUUAUACCAACAAGAAAUUCAUAGUCGGUAAUCAGUUAGCCGAAAAGGAGUUUGUUGAAGAUGAAUCUAUCUUCAGAGGAGUUCCACCCCAAGAAGUCCUGGAACUCAAAGAAGAGGAAAAAUACACAUCCAUAAUGGCCGAAAAUUCAAGUUCUCCAGUGAAAGCAGCAGAAAUUGCGAUUCUGCUUGUCGCGUUCGCCAGGUUGUUUCUGUGAGAACAUCCCAAACUGCGAGUGCUAAAUUAUAAUCAUUCUGUAAAUAUCUGUGAUAAAAACAAUGAAGGAUCUAUUGAUUGUGAUUUAGUAAUUUUCCACCACUAAACGAUUUGGUGAAGAUGUAGCUAUAAAUAGUGGAACGAAGUUCACAACGAUACCAAUUUUAAAUGAAAAUUUUAGUUAACCCGGUAGAUAUUCAUAUUAUGGGUAUACUCAAUUUUCUAAUAGCUUUCUACUCACAAAACUUACUCUUCGCCUUAUACUUACAUGAAAAUACAGUGUGAGAAUUUUUUCAUAGCUACCUACCCACAACUACUGAGUAUUACUGUAUAAAACACGUUUUUCUGCAAUCGGCUCAAAAGUCGUCCAUUUAUGAUCCAAAAUCAGCUCUUGAAGUUGACGUUCCUCUUACUGACACAAUAAAAUAAUUAGCAUAUAUGUAGCUAGGCAACACUUUUAGUGUCUAGGAGUUAAAGUCGAACUCCUAGGUUGGACACUGACAUGCUCAAGUGACGCAAAAUAUUGGUAUUUCCACUUAUAUUUCAAUAAUUAAAUAUCAAUUAUUUCGAUUGCAGAAAAAAUAGCAUGUUUUCAUGUCAUCAAAAGUGACACUGUUUGACUCGCAAAUUUUGCGUGCUCUGCUUCGCGGUCGUUCCGCCUCGCAAAUGCAAAUAUCGCUUGUCAAACAAAGUGUCACUUUGAUCCUUAUAAAACAAUGUAGGUACUAUUUCAAACCACUUUACUGCCAUUUUAAUGACAUUUUUCUGCCUGCAUAUCAUUGCUGAAAAUAUGUUCCAGUGAAUGAUGACUUACUUAAUUAGUUAAUUAGGUCCGAAUAGUUAAUGCAAUGAACUUCUCCAAAUGUUAGUAAAUUUGCCAUUGCACUGCCUGAAAAUAGGCAGUACGCAGUUAGCAGCAUCUUCAGUGUCUAAGUACUAAAAAUGUUUUUGUUGAAUGCCUAGGCAGUCUUUACUGACUUUAUAACAAUGAUUUACUGAAAUUCGGAAAAUCAUUAGGCUUUCGACUCGGCAGGGAUGUGACAUUUGAUGCCUGGUUCUCAUCCAUGGCAUCAAAUCGUCCACUUUACUGCCUAGUUGAAUAAAAAACUAGGACGAUGUACAUAUACUCAUAUUAAAUAUUCAGAUAGUUUGGUAUGAUAGGAUAUAAAAAUGAAAUGAUACAUACAAAAAUGUAAGGAUUGUUAAUUUGAAGAAUAACUAGUCUGUAAUCUGUAUUAAGUCAAUAAUAAAAAUCUAGUAACC